GGGCCGCCUCUAGGUCUUAAACUUAAACUAGAGUCGAGCUCAGCCUCAAACUCGCCAAAACCUGCAAAGGGAAGCUUCCCUCUUCCCGGAAACCCCGCCAGUCGGUUAACUUCCCCCAGCCUUAACCACGCCCCACCCGGCAAACGCCAGGUCCUACACCGCUCCUCGCCUCUUUCUCAUUACCGCGUGCGCGAAGCUUGAGGGCUGCUUUGAUUGGUUGUAGGUAAGCGAGUACAGGAGGUGAACCACGAUUGGUUCCUGAAUGAGGAGGGCGGAGUAAAAGGCGGAAACAGGGGCUGGGAGCUGGGCUUGGUGUAAGAAGACGAGAAUGAUGGAAGUUGUUAAGUGCCCCGAGCACGGGACCUUCUGUUUUCUGAAGACUGGCGUCCGCGAUGGUCCGAAUAAGGGAAAGAGCUUCUACGUGUGUCCCGCGGACGCAUGCGAAUUCGUGCAGGCCACCAACAUUCCUGUGUCUUAUUGUUUAUUGCAUGAGGACUUUGUGGUAGAUCUUCAGGGUCUCCUUCUACCACAGGGCAAGAAUGAAUACAGAGUGUUCUUCCGAUGCACUGGAAGUAAGGCAAAAGGGAAGCCUUGGUGUGGAAGUAUUCCUUGUCAGGAUCCUAAUUCCAAAGAACAUUCUGUAACCAGUAAGGUUCAGGAUGCCCCUGAGCCAUUUCAUCAUCUUUCCAGCCAGCAGAGAAACCCAUUCAAGGUACUUGACAAGAAUCAAGAACCAUCUCUCUGGAAACAGCUCAUCAGAGGUGAAGGUGAGGAAAAGAUGGUUGAUAAGAAGCAAAGGGAAAAGGGAGAUCAGAUCUUCAAUCAAAAGAAGGAACAGAAGCCUGAAUCUAAGUGCUGGAUGGAGAAGGCUCUCUCAUCUGGCAUGGUGGUAAAGAAAAAACAAUCUGCAGUUCAAGAGAAGAAGCAAGGGGAGAGAAGAGAGUUUCAGUGUGAAGCAAAGGAGACUGAAGGCUCACACAAAAGAAAUGUUUCUGAAGUUAAACCCAAACAGUGCCCUGGUAAUGAACUGAGAAAACCAUCUGCAUCUUCUCAGGAGAAAUCAAAUGGAGAGAGUGGUGAUGUCCAAAAUGAAUCAGAACCUCUGAGAGAAAAGGAAACCAAACUUUUGCCUCUAAAUGUUCACAGUCAGAAUUCAGUAAGCAAGCCCCAGAAAGGAGGCCACCUCAGCAGGGACCACCCCAAGAACUGGGAGGCUAGAGAGACAAAAGCGAAGGAUGACUCAAGCACGCAGACUGUCCAGAAGAGGCUACCCCAUGGGAAUUUCCAGACACAGUCGGAGACUCCUGAUGUGCCUGCUCUGCAAGGACCAGCUACCCAGUCUGCACCAGCAGCAGCAGGCCUUUCCCGGGGAGAGGGACGGAAAGCUGACACAAGCAGUGAUGGCAGUGAGGAAGAGGGUGUUAUUUUUGUUUCCUUUAAGCCAGGGAACCCCCCACUUGACUUGACUUUGGAUUCACAGAAGAAGGAGAAUCUGAAAUUAUCGCAUCAAAGUGAACAGAGAAAAGUAUCUCCUAUCUCAGGUGUUUCCAGGAAGGUGGAGCCUUCAGACCCAGCAGCCCAACGAGUGUAUCUCACAACUCAACUGAAGCAAAAAAAGAGCACACUGGCAUCAGUGAACAUCCAGGCUCUUCCAGACAAGGGUCAGAAGUUGCUCGAGCAAAUCCAGGUGUUGGAGGAUGCACUCAGUACUCUCAGCCUCUCUCCAGAACAAGGAACUAAUGAGAAGAGUAACAGCCAGGUACCACAACAAAGUAACUGCACCAGAACGACCACUGACCCUCCCCAGUUGGUGCCUCCCAAGACCCUACAGGGUCAGGAUCUUCAGCCUCCCGGUUCUCUAGGACUAAAAGCUGGAGGAUCCAGUCAAUACUGUGGAGGUUACACCUGUUUGUAUGCAGGCCACACAAGCCAAGAUCGCCUUCAUGCAGUGUGGAAAAUCACAAGUGAAGCCAUUGACGAGCUGCAUCGAUCACUUGCAUCGUGUCCUGGUGAGGCAGCAGUGGCGGAAGACCCUCUUGGGUUGAAGGUUCCUUUGCUUCUGCACCAGAAGCAGGCAUUAGCCUGGUUACUGUGGCGGGAAAGUCAGAAGCCACAAGGAGGAAUUCUGGCGGAUGAUAUGGGCUUAGGAAAAACCCUGACAAUGAUUGCACUUAUCCUGACCCAGAAGAAUGAAGAGAAAAACAAAGAAAAGGACAAAAAGUCAAUUACAUCUAAAGAUGAGUCCUGUAACUUUACUUCCCAUGGAACACUAAUUAUCUGUCCUGCUUCCCUGAUCCAUCAUUGGAAAAAUGAGGUAGAGAAACAUGUGACCCUCGACAAACCAAGAGUCUAUCUUUAUCAUGGGCCAAACCGGGAUCAACGUGCAAAAGUCCUCUCCUCAUAUGACAUCGUGAUCACUACCUAUAGCCUUCUGGCUAAGGAGGUCCCCAUAAAGAAGCAAGAGGGAGAGGUCCUGGCUGCAGACCUCAGUGUGGAGGGCAUCUCAUCGCCUUUGCUUCACAUAGUCUGGGCUCGAAUCAUACUGGAUGAAGCUCACAAUAUUAAGAACCCCCGGGUGCAGACUUCCAUUGCUGUGUGUAAGCUACAAGCCCGUGCCCGUUGGGCAGUCACUGGGACCCCCAUUCAGAACAACCUGUUGGACAUGUACUCGCUGCUGAAAUUUCUCCGUUGUUCUCCAUUUGAUGAGUUCAAUCUGUGGAAGAGUCAGGUUGACAAUGGUUCAAAGAAAGGAGGAGAACGGUUAAGUAUUUUAACCAAGAGCCUUUUGCUGAGGAGAACAAAGGACCAGCUGGAUUCCACCGGCAAACCUUUGGUGAUGCUGCCCCUGCGUAAAUUUCAGUUGCACAAGUUAAAGCUUUCAGAAGAUGAAGAGACUGUUUACAAUGUUCUUUUUGCACGAUCAAGGUCGGCUCUGCAGUCCUAUCUAAAAAGACAUGAAAGCGGGGCCAGCCCAUGUGGAAGAAGCCCUGAUAAUCCCUUUAGUAGAGUGGCACAGGAGUUUGGAUACAGUGGUUCUGGAUACUCUGCAGUGGCAGACUCUCAGAGGUCCAGCACCGUCCACAUAUUGUCACAGUUGCUUAGACUCCGCCAGUGUUGCUGCCAUCUGUCUUUACUGAAGUCGGCCCUGGAUCUGACAGAACUGAACAGUGAAGGCCUCAUCCUUUCCCUGGAAGAGCAGCUCAGUGCAUUGACCCUGUCUGAACUCCACAGCCCAGAGUCGUCUUCCAUGGUUUGCGUUAAUGGCACAUCCUUCAAGGUGGAGCUUUUUGAAGACACAAGGGAGAGCACUAAGGUAUUUUUGUCACCUCUAGUCUAGUAAGAGAGACUUCUUCGAUUUCUCGCACAUGUUCCUGUGUGGGAGAGCCUGCUGUGUCCAAGCUGGUACGGCCAUUUGAUGGCAGAGCGGGAACUGUUAGAUUUUAGCUGGUCAGAUUCUCCCUCCAGUCUUAAAGCCUCGUUUUAUUUCACAAAUAAUCCAAAGCCUUAUGAUAAGUUGGGCCUUCAGAGAGUGAUUUGGUACAGCCCCAGCA